GUUUUUUAAAUGUUUAAGUUAACCAACUUGAUAAAGUUCUUCAUUCCCCGUCAACAUGUCGACACAUAAAAAGAAAACAAGGAAACUAAGAGGACAUGUAAGUCAUGGUCACGGUCGUAUUGGUAAACACCGCAAGCAUCCUGGAGGUCGUGGUAACGCUGGUGGUAUGCACCACCAUAGAAUUAACUUCGACAAGUACCAUCCCGGAUAUUUUGGAAAGUUGGGUAUGAGAAAUUACCAUGUAAGGAAAAACUCCAAAUGGUGUCCAGCUAUUAACUUGGACAAAUUAUGGACACUAGUUAGCGAACAGACUAGGUUGAAAUAUAAGGAUAACGCUGAAGGAAAAGCACCUGUUAUCGAUAUAGUUAAAGCGGGCUACUACAAAUUAUUGGGUAAAGGUCGCUUACCUGAACAACCAGUUAUCGUUAAAGCUAAAUUCUUCUCAAAAUCGGCUGAAGAUAAAAUCAAAGCUGUAGGAGGUGCAUGUGUAUUGAGUGCGUGAAAUUUUAACCACUAAUAAAUUUGUACAAUAA